AUGCUGCGCUCUGAGCUGCAGUGGGAGGUGCCCAUGUGUGUGUGUCUGCCAAUUGAGAUCCUGAACCAUGAGCUGAUUAUCCCCUUCCUGGACACCACACUGGCCGACCUGGGCAUCGAAAAGUCAGCGGUGAAAGAGCGGGUAGUCUGGGUGGACUCCACGAGGACCCGCGUGCGGAAGAAGUCGGGGAAGCUGAAGGAGAAGGAGGUCGUGGUUCUGGAGGUACGGGUCAAGGCCCAGCAGCCCGGGAAUCCUCAGACCCAAGAGAUUCUGUACAGCACCGAGAGCCACACGGACCGGUCCUACUGCCGCAGUGCUGUGGCUGUGCAGCCCUGGAGACAAACAGAACCAGAGAAUGACUACCAACCAGUGGAACUGACUUUUGCCAUGGACAUAGAGCUACAGCCAAAAUGGAGGAAGACUGAGGAAAAGCAGAAAGUGUGA